UAAAUAAUAAAUUAUCCAAAUAAAUUAAAGUAGCAACAUACUCAGAGAAAAAACAAAGGCAACUUACCAUUGUAACAAUCAAUGAAACAUCAGAUAAAUUACCAGAGUUAUAUAAGUCAAAGAUGGGAAAAUCAAUAAAUGUCCGCGUCACAACUGCGGAUGAUGAACUAGAAUUUUUUAUCCAACCCAGCACAACUGGUCAGCAGAUGCUUGAUCAAGUGUUUAAUAUAAUUGGUCUUCAAGAAAUAUGUUUUUUUGGACUUCAAUAUACUGAUGUAAAAAACUGUACUACUUGGUUAAAGUUAAAAAAGAAAGUCAUAGCGCAAGAAAUUAAAAAAGAAUCUCCGUUGCAAUUUACGCUUCGUUCCAAAUUUUUUCCUGAAAAUGUUGUCUCUGAGUUGACCCAAGAUAUUACCCAAAGAUUAUUUUUCUUACAAAUAAAAGAGAGUAUUUUGUCAGAAGAGAUUUAUUGCUCGUCAGAUACUUCAGUGCUUUUGGCUUCCUAUGCGGCUCAGGUAAAAUACGGUAGCUAUAAACGUGAUAUUCACAUAAGCGGCUUUUUAUCAAGCGAAAAAUUAUUACCUGAGGGAGUCUAUACAAAAUACCAAAUAACUAAAGAGCAGUUAGAAGAAAGAGUUACAAGCUUGUGGAGUAAACACACAAAUAUUUCGAGACAAGAUUCAAUGAUGGAGUAUCUAAAAAUAGCACAAGACCUAGAGAUGUUUGGAGUAAACUAUUUUGAAAUAAAGAACAAGUCUGGGGUUGAUCUUUUAAUUGGCAUUAAUGCUUUGGGUAUAAAUAUUUAUGAACCUGAAAAUAAACUAAAACCUAUAAUAGUUUAUCAUUGGAACUCCAUUCAAAAUCUUUCUUUUAAUGGCAAAAAAUUUUACAUCAAGUUAAUUGAUCGUAAAGCACAUGAAUUUAUAUUUUAUGUUUCUCAUCAUAUAACCAACAAAAGUAUUAUGUCGCUAUGUAUGGAUAAUUAUGAACUUUACUUGAGAAGAAGAAAGCCUUUAACGGAAGUUCAUCAAAUAAAAGCCCAAAUGAGGAAUAAAAAGAAUGAAAAGCACGACGACGCAGAAAAUGAAAAAAUAAUGUUAGAGUUAAGGCUUAAAAAAUUUGAAGAAGAAGCACGUUUAGCACAUGAAGCUCUUGAAAAAGCAAAACAAGAGGCUGAGAUCUUGCAAGAAAAAAAACGCCAAACAGAAGAAGAAGCCCGUCGAGUUAAAAUGCUUCAAUUGGCGGCUGAAGAAGCGCGUCUACGCCUCGAACAAGAAGCUGAGCAUGAAAGAAUGGAAAAAUUAGAGUUUGAAAGAAAAUCAUCUGAGUCUUCAGCUGAGAUCAAACGUCUUAUAAAAGAAUCGGAAAAACUAAAAUUACUACUUAAAUCUAAGUUACGCGACGAAGAACAACAAACAAAAAUUUUUUCUUCUAGUCCAUCAGUUGUGCUUCAAACUAAUGAAAAAGAAGAAAAUAAUAACAGCAUUUUAAUGACACAAAAUAAACAUGACGAAUAUCUCACUACAAAGAAAAAGGUUACAGAUGAUAGUAUUAUGGUGAGAGCAAGUAGUGUCAGCUCAGUGGAUAAACUAACAGUUGGUUUCGUUUCAUUUAUUUAUAAAGAGAUUUAUUAGUCAAAGUUUGGUAAAACUUUACAGCUUUAAAAAAUAUGAUCAUUGAAAAUACUCCGAUGAAAUUCAGACUAAAAUUUUACUUGAGUAAUAACUGACAAACAAUAUUUAAAAGUUUUUCAACUAGAAAUUACCAAAAUUGUUCUAAGCUUAAUAUUUUGGUAUUUUUUAAAAGUUCAAACUAUACAAUAAAAUUUUAUAAUAUACUAACUUUGAUUGUGCUAACAAGCCGUAACAAAUCCAACUUUAAAAUGUUGUUUUAAAAUAUUGUCAAUUACUAUACCACGUAUAGUAAUGUAGUCAUGUAGUAUAAUAUUGUCAAUUAUUAAACCACGUUUGACUUAUUUUAAAACGGGAUUUUUCUUAGUGAAAAAAUCUUGAUACAAAAAAAAGAAAAAAAAAUCAACCUGAUAAUAGAAAUUAUUUAGCAGAUUUAAAAAAACAUUACAAAUGACGUAACUGCAUAACUGUAUAUAUCCAUUUGUUAAGUUGUAUAUAUGUUUAAAGUUUCAUUUUUAAGUUUUAGUAAAUAUAUAAGUACGUGUCUUAA